UGCAAGAUAGGAGAUUUUAUUCGUUUUAUGGAAUAUAUUAGGUAGAGAUUAAGUUUAAUUGUGAUCAGUGUUAAGUGCACAAAAUAAUCUUUUUGAAAUAUGAAAGAUUUAACCCAUUAUUUUACAAGCCCCACAAAAAGCCAAGAAAUGAUUGUUGUAAACAAUCAAGUAAAUACGAACGAAAGUACAAUAGAAACAGCGGAAAAAUCGGAAAAAAGUGAAACAACUGCAGUUUUAAAAAAGAAAAGAGGUAGAAAAAAGAAAAUUAGAAAACCUUCUGAUCCAGCAGUGACAACAAUUAGUGAACUUUUAUCAAACAACUUGAGUUUAAUAUCACCAAACAACAGUUACAAUGAAUCCGUUAAGGAAAACAUUGACACACAUACAGAAAACACUGACAAACAAACAGAAAAUAACGUUGAAAAUGGCAUAAAUGAACCUGCAACUGAAGACAGUGAAAUCGUAUCUUGUGAAUUGAAUGUUUCAGUUACAAAAGACGCUUUUUCGUUCAUGAUGGAGGCACGAGCCAAAAGCAUUGGCAUGAACUCAGAAGGAAAAGAUAAAGAAGAGCUGUCGCCAAAAAGUAAAGAAAAUAAGGAGAAAAUAAUGUCGAGGAAAAACCUAUUACAGAAUUGGGCUGAUUCAAAAGGUGCACUAAAAAGGAAACGAGAGGAGGAAGAAAAGGAACAAUUUGUCAACAAUCAAAUGAACAAAAGGAUAAAAAGGUUGAAGAAGUUAUUGCAAUUAAACAAACCUGAGGAAGAUACACAGAAAAGAAAACAGGAGGAUUUAAAUGAAGAGAAAAAUGAUUCACUAAAUUGUAUAGAAGUUAGCCCAAAGCCAGAUGUACUUAAUGAUGAAGACAACAAAAAUGAAAGUGAGAAAAAGGAGAUUAUUAAAAUAAAAAUGUUCACCCCCAAGUCAAAGAGAAAAAGCUCAAAGCUAAGUUUAAAGCAAAAAGAUGACACAAGUGAAACUCCUAAAAGAGGGAAGAAAAACAAAAAGCAUCAAGAGGAAAUUAUAGAUGUAGAAUCGGUUGAACAGACUGAAGAAAUUACAGUAACAAAUGAUAAACUAAAGGAUGAAAUUAUUGUGGAUGUCAAACUUAUUGAUGUGGAACCCAUAAUUAAAAGCAACACUCAAGAAGAAUCAGUUGUUCGCACUCCUAAAAGGAACAGAAAACAAAAAGAAACAUUGCAAGCAUCUAAACCAAAAGAAAUAGGAAAAAUUGAAGAAGUAUCAGCAAGUGCAAGACCCAAAAGGCAAAAGAAAUUAACUGAAAAAGCGAAGAAUCAAGACAUUCUAGAAAUAGAUGAAGAUUCAAACGACAGUAUAAGACCUCGAAGGACGCGCAAAAAGAUCGAUUAUUUCGAAGAAACAAGCCUUGAUUCGGCACCAACGACGCCACGAUCCAAAAGCAAAGCAACAAUCUGGAAUCUUGACUCUGAUGAGGAACAGGAGCGGACAAAUGCCAAGAAAAGGAAUUCAAAAAUUGCCCCAGUGUUUCUAAAAGCAACACCUAAACCGAAACUUGAUCCGGAAGUCGCGGAAGCGAGAAGACAGUUUUUGAUGAGCGGGAUUCCAGAUAGUUUGAAAAAAGUACGCGAGAAACAGCAAAGAGUUCAGGAAAGUAUGGACUACUUUGAUGUUUUUCCGAAAAUUCAACAUGUGCAACAAAAGUGCGAGUCACCGUUUUGGACGUUGCCUAAACCUGAUUUGCAAUACAAGACCUUGUCACCACUAAAAAAUCAAUCUAAUAUAGUUUGUAAUGACUUGAUUAUAAAACAAAAUACUAAGAAAAAGAUACAAGUACCUGUGGAAGAGAAAAUAACAAAAUAUAAGCAGUAUGUGGAUGAGAUCAAACAACAAAAUCCAAAUUAUCCAGUUUAUAAAACCUUUAGACAAAUAUUGGAGAAAAGCGGUUACAAAACAUUGCAAACCGAUGAGAAAAAAACCAAAAAACGACGAUCAAAAUCGAAGCGAAAAAGUGUAGAAAUUGUCGACACAACAAAAACAAUUGACCCAAAGAAUUACGCAAUGUGGACCGAAAAAUUCAAACCAGAAUGCGCCGAAGACAUUCUGGGCAACAGUUCUGCAAUUACAAAACUAAAAAACUACCUAGAAACGUGGCGUCAAUUUAGCAAGGAGAUAAUCUCGAGAAAAAAGAAGAAACGUCUCGAUUCUACGAGCGAAUCAGAGUUUGAAACAACAGACGGCGACAGUAGAGAUAGUACGAGAUUACCCGGUACCGUUUUCAUCCUAAGCGGGCCACCUGGCAGUGGUAAAACGAGCGCCGUCUACGCGAUAUGCCAGGAAUUGGAUUUUAAAGUGUUAGAAAUUAACGCUUCCAGUAAACGAACGGGUAAAAAAUUGCUGCAAGAUAUGCAUGAGGCCACACAGUCACACCAGGUUAAAAAUCAAACGGGUUCGAUGCAAAACUUUCUGAAACAGACUGAGCAACCGAAGGAUGCGAAGACGAAGAUGUGUUUGAUUUUGAUCGAAGAUGUGGAUUUGAUUUUUGAUCAGGACGAUGGUUUUAUACCGGCCUUAAAUCAAUUGAUUACAGCGACGAAACGACCCAUUAUCAUGACUACAACCGACGUUAAUUCUGUGUAUGCACAAAAAUACGUUGCUUUGUACGAAACUGUUAAUUUCUUACCGUUGACUUCUUUUGUGUUAAGCACUUGGUUGAGACUAGUUUGUCUUGUUGAAGGGUAUCUUGUUGAUCAAGAUACCUUAUCCAUGCUUUUAGAAGUGAACCGUGGAGAUGCGAGGAAAACCUUGUUACAAUUGCAAUUUUGGCUUCAGUCUGGAGGACAGCUACAUGAGAUAAACAAGACAGUUAUUAAAAUAAAGGAUAACAGGCGAAGUUUGGAAUUUGACGUACAUGAUGACAAUUCCAAUUUAAAUUUAGAUGAAGAAACUGUUAGUAAAGAGCAACGAUAUGUGCAUUCCUACAUUCUGCAUUCGUGCGACGAUCUUAUUCCUUAUAAGUUGAGUUUAGGAAUUGUUUGGUGGAAUUUACCUGCACUUUUGUCGUUGCCUGAAAACAAUGAUGACAGACUGAAUCGGUUUAAAAAUUUUCCCAAAGUGGAGGAAAAAAUAAAUUUUGAAUGUACAAAAAAUAAAGAUUUAAAAGAACUGAAACUAGUCGCCAAAUUUUAUAGACUGCACGACAAUUUAGCGUACGCAGAUGAAGUGUACAGUAAAUUUGGGUUCAACAACGAUUUCGAGCCGUGUCUGAAAAACAACAUGCCCAAAGUCAAAGACAGUUUAGAACUGGAUGAAUGUAAAACUGAAUACAACGAUAGUAUUGAGACCAUAACUGAUUUAACACACACAUUAAUCAACGAAAGCUUCAGAAGAUACGGCAACGAUCGAAAGUAUUAUUUAAACACGUCUCUACCUACUCCGACAGAAAAAAGGUGGAGGGUGAAAAAUUUUAUCUGUGAAGAUAUUUUACGGGAGGCAAUACCCCGAGGAGUGCAGAAGAAGUCCUUAGCUGUGGAUUAUUUACCUAAUUUAAGGACGAUUGCACGAUCCGAAUAUCAGAGAUCGUUAACCAAUACCAAAAGAGGCAAUAGAUUUAGGCAUUAUUUAAAAAGUAUGGAUGUUAAUUUAACUGAGGUCCGAUCUAAACUAGUUUGUAAUGUUUUAGUUUCUGAUGAUUAAAAUUGUUUUCAUAUU